AUGGAAGAGACAAUCAUAUUGAUUGUUGGCGCGGGCCCAACUGGUCUGUCUCUGGCUGUGAACUUAGGUCGGAUGAAUAUCAAGACGGUCAUCCUGGAAAAAGAGCUGCAGAUAACAGAGGAUCCUAGAGGGAUCGCAAUAGCAGGUGAAGCGGUACGUAUCUCAUAUCAACUGGGCAUCGGGAAGGACCUAGUCAGUAAGAUUGGUAGCGAUACCGGGAAGCUUUGCUUUCACAACAAGACAUUUCGGAAUCCACCGUUCAUGAGCUUUGACCUCACCCGAGAUCUUCUACAGCAGAGUGUCUCGAAUGCCGUGAACCAAUUUCAGCCAAACUAUGAACGCACAUUGAGGGGGGCCCUUGAAGCUUUAUCAUCGUGCGAUAUUCGAGUUGGAUGUGAAGUGGUGGAUCGCGUUGAGGAGGAGGCCAGUGUUGUGGUCCAAUAUCUGGAUGAGAAGGGGAUGAAAAGAGAGAUACGAACAGCUUGGCUUGUGGGUGCAGAUGGGAAACGCGGGAUUGUGAGAAAGAAGUUCUUGGAACCGGAAGGUAUAAGACAGGAAGUAGGGUUGUAUGAUCAUGUGUCAACAUGGAUUGCGGCGAACUUCGACAUUAGCAUCCCCUCACCAUCGACCCACCCCGACUUCCCACUCUGGAAACUUGGGUACUCCCCAGAAGACGUCUUCAGGCUGUUCUGGCCAGCUGGAUUCCAUUUUUGCAACGACAUCAAAAGGCCCUCUGUCAGCGGUAGAUUUGGACCUGAAAGUGUACGGUUUUGGAGACAUGAAUAUUCGGUGGAGCCAGAAGACAACCUUGACGACCCUGAAGGUCAUCUUUGGGAGCAAUUUGGACCCUGGCUUGAGAUUCCAGGAUCCAGUAUAUCACGCACAUUGAGUGGCACAAACGUUACCUAUCCAAGGGACUGCAUUAAGAUCACCCGCUGCAGGCCAUUUACCUUCUCGACCAAAGUUGUCAAUCGUUGGUUCAGCCGACGAACGCUACUCAUUGGCGAUGCCGCCCACGUUUUCCCUCCCUUUGGGGGGCAAGGCAUUGCAUCCGGAAUCCGCGACGCGCAGGCCCUCUCAUGGCGCCUCGCGCUCCUAACCCAACUUCCCGUCCCUCCCUCAGUACACGAGAAAAUCCUCACGGGGUGGGCUCACGAGCGGCGGCAGGUCUGCGACCACGCGACCAAGUCAACAAAGGUGAACGGUGAUAUCACAAACCAGCGAAGCGUGGUGAUGUCUUUUCUCUUCCGCAGUGUGAUGCGCGUAAUAUGGUGCGUGCCAUUCUUGGUAAGGAGAUUUACUCAGUCCGCGAUGGCGGACACGUUUAGAUACCAGGACUGCGAGGGGGCGUUUGCGUUGAGAGAGAGGGGUGGUGGAUGGAAGUUGCCCCAGAUAUGGAUCCAGCGAGAUGGAAGUGACCCAGAGCUCUCGGAUGCGGUGUUUAUUAGCAGCAUGGCACGCCUGGCGCUGGUGGUUAUCGUCAAAGAAGACGAGGAGGUUGAUUCGGAGGGAAUAGCGGACAUGAUUGGGAAGAGUGCGUUGCCGGCAGGUAUCCUUACCAACGAGAGUAUCACUUUGCUCCAGCUCGACAAAGGGAAAGCUGCUCGGCCUGAAGAAAAGGUCUCUCAACAAAAGUACUUUCCUUGUACUCGCGAAGAUCUAUUAGCUCAGGGGAUCAACCCAGUCAAUGGCUACGAUGAGACGACAGUCAGAAAGCGAAUCGGGAAGAGGGCGAAGUACGUCAUCUUGCGACCGGAUUUCUAUAUACACUCUAUUGCUAGGGACGAGAAAGAGUUUCUCGAGAACGUUCAGGAGGUUUCUAGGUAUUUUCAAUAG